AUGACUUCUUUCAUCUGGACGCUCUUCAUCACCCUCGCGGCUGCGAGCCCAGCCUUGUUGCCAUCGAGGCAGUCGUCGGCAGAUUACGGGACUGUGAACUUCUUCUGGGACGAGGAUUGCACUCAGUCUGCUGGCACCAAGUUCCCCGAGAACAACGUGGUCCAGCCUGGCCCUGCUGGGGUGGCGAGCAUGCAAUGGGUCCAAGUGACUUGUACCAGCGCUCUAUGCACAACGAACCCGACCCUUUUCGCCUGCGCCGAUGCCAACUGCGACCAAGCAGGGACCGUUCGGGUCGGACAGUGCGCAACAUACAGCAGUGGCGUGUGGGCGUUCUGGCAGCGCGAGUCUGCCACUGGGGUCGGGACGGGAACUGGGACGGGUGGCACCGGCACACGCCCGCCUCCUGCGCCCGUUCCGGCCCCUGUGAACCCGUUCCCUUUCCCGCUCCCACCCACGGAUGAUACGGACGGUCAAGAUGAUGGUGCUGAUGGUACUGAGGAUGGCGACUGA